CACGAAGUACUGUUGUACUGGGACCUCUAUUUCAGGAGCACAGCGCGGAAGUAGUUUUUCUCGAGUCCUUCAGAAAAAGGGAGGAGGAGGAGGAGGAGGAGUAAUUAAAUAUUAAGGAGUAAAAUAUUAAAAAACAAGGAUUUGUGCGGGCGGGCAUUGCUGCAAGACUGGCUGCCGUCUGGCAGCAUUGACUGAAUCGCUUUGCUGUACAGAGUGUUUAUUUUCACGUAAGGAUGGCAGCGGCUAGCCAAGCGGAGAGAUCUGUACUGGAGGAAGAGUUUCAAUGGCUUCUGCGAGAAGAAGUUCACUCUGUCCUCAAGCAGCUGCAGGAUAUUCUGAAGGAGGCCUCACGUCGGUUCGCUAUGCCUGCAGAGGGUCUCGAGAGCCAGCUUAAACAGGAGAAUUUCAUACUCGGAAGCUCAACGACGGACCAGGUGAAGGGGGUCCUGACGCUGCAGGGGGAGGCUCUCGCACAGGCAGACAUUAACCUUAAAAUGGCCAAAAGUAACCAGGUUUUCCACUUCACAUUCCGAGAGGACAAACAGUGGAAAAUGCAGCAGAUUCAGGAUGCUCGAAACCAUGUGAACCAAGCUCUUCAGUUGUUAAGUAGUCGCGAUGAGAGUUACCAUUUCAAAACAGGAGCCGAGGUCAAUAAGCUGAUGGACGCUGUAAUGCUUCAGCUAUCGAGGGCUCGCAAUCGCCUCACUACUCCAGCCUCCAUGACUCUGCCAGAAGUGGCCUCCAGCAGCCUAAUGAAAAUGUUCACCCCGCCGCUUCCUGGAGACGUGCUGGUAAAUUUCUACAUUAACCUCAGUAAGCUUUGCCUGACGGUCUAUCAGCUUCACCUCCUGCAGCCCAAUUCAAACAAGAAUUUUAAACCCGCUGGAAGUUCAGUGUUACAUAAUCCUGGUGCAAUGUUUGAGGUGAACGCCCUGAAGUUUGAAGUGAGCCACGUCCAUAAAGUGGAGUGCAUGGUCCCCUGGCUGAACGAUACCCUGGUUUUCUUCACCAUUUCUCUGCAGUUGUGUCAGCAGCUCAAAGAUAAGAUUUCUGUGUUUUCCAGCUACUGGAACUAUAGGCCUUUCUAAUCCAGUCUGCACACUUCCAGUACUGCCUUGCUUUACUGAAGGAAAGCCAUGAACUGUGGCGCCGUGCUCCUGUUACUGACACUAAUGAUGCUCCUACCUGUACUACUGGAUACACAGGCUGUUCAGUGCACACCGAUUAUUUACAAACCCUUUCAAAAUGGGUUGAGUGACUAAAAUGUCUGUUGAUGAUUUGCUUCUAAUUGGACCAUGCAUUCCUUGACUAUUUUGUGUGUGUGUGAUGGACCAUGUGCUUCUUGGCUAUAGUGUGUGUGUGUGAUGGGCCAUGCGCUCCUUGACUGGUGUGUGUGAUGGGCCAUGUGCUUCUUGGCUAUAGUGUGUAGUGUGUGUGUGUGUGUGUGUGAUGGGCCAUGUGCUAUGUGUGG